AAGGAUUCCUUCCUAAUUUCUGCCCCAAACCUGCCCUGGGUGGGUUUUUAACGCGGCCCCCGCAGCUCUGCUCGGGCUGAGUCCAAAGGUGGGACUCGAUCACCUGGGAGGUUUUUUCCGGCCCAGAUGAUUUUGUGAUUCCGCGUUGUCGCUGCAACCGGUGAUCAAGGGGAAGCCCAAAGCACCCGUCCGAUGGGUAUCGCCUUUGGGGGCAGAACACCCCCCCUCCGAGAGGUAAUUACGGCGGGCGAGGAGCGAGCCGAGGCACAACAUCCGAUUUGCAAGUAAAUGAGAUAAUCACCUACAAAUAGGCCCUUUACCCUCCGGGCACUUGCAGGGAUUGUAUAAAAGCACUCGCAGCUCAAGGCUGUUUAACCUCCAUCUCCGAACUUUCCCUCUUCGGCGGAUCAGACCGAUCCCCGGACCCAAAGCCCUUCCUGCCGUCCCCAGAGCCAUGUCCCACUGCGGAGAGCUGUGCCUGCCCUGUGGCAGCCCCUGCGAGCUGCCCUGCCCUCAGCCCGUGGCCAACGCCUGCAACGAGCUCUGUGUCACCUCCUGCGACGACUCCAGGGCCGUCAUUUACCCCCCGCCCGUGGUCCUGACCUUCCCCGGGCCCAUCCUGAGCUCCUGCCCCCAGGAAAGCGUCGUGGGCAGCUGCGGCCCCCCGGGCAUCCCGCCGGGCAUCGCCCGCUCCUUGGGCUCCGGGGGCUCCCCGGGCUACCGGGGGUACGGAAAUGCCGCGGGUUUGAGGGGCUCCAUCCUCUUUGGGGGCUCCGGUGGUUACGGGGGGGGGUGUAACUCCAGCAGGUCCUACAAUUCCGGCUGCUCGGCCCCGGGGAGGGGGAGUUGCAGCCCGUACCUCCCCCGCCAGUACAGCACCGGCAGCCGGGGGAGCUGCGGUCCCUGCUAAAGGAUUCCCGGGAGCUCCGGGGCGAGAAAACCGCGGAUACGGAGCUGGAAUUCUAGGGCAGCGCUAAGGAAAGCAGAAAUUCCUGUCGGAAAUGCAGAAGCUUUGUGAUUUGGAAGGUCCUGAAGUGCCUGUGUCUGUCCCCCGGGUGAUUGUGAC